AUGUCAUCAAACAUUAUCCAACAAACAACUACAUUGUUGUGGAUUGUGAUUGUUUGUUUGGCAUGUUGGACAACAGUUAUAGAUGCCCAACAUCCUUUUAAGAUUGCUGUUGUGGCCAACGGAAAGAUCAAUGACUUUGGAUUCAAUGCAAUGAUCAAUGAGGGUGUGAUCAGCGCACAGAGACUUCUAAACUCUACAAACAUCCACAUCUAUCCAGACAUUGGCAGGGGCAUCCUGAAUGACACCAUCGAGAGAUUGAUCAACGAUGGCUACAACGGCAUCAUCACCACGUCCACCGAGAUGACCGGCCCCACCAUAUUCUACGCCGGCAUCCAUCCCGAGAUCCGUUUCCUGACGCGUGGACGUAACGCCAACACCACGGCCAACCUGUCGUUCUUCUCCUACAACAUCGCCAUCUGCAACUACAUGAUUGGCUACUUUGCCGGCCUUUGGACACAGACCAAGAUGAUCGGAUACGUGGCGCCCGGCCUGCCCGACGUGGCCAACUACAAUGCCAAUGCACUGUUUGUUGGCGCACAGCGCGCCAGACCCGGCGAGAACGUCACCGUCACCGUGUGGAACACGGGCUCGUGGCACGCCGUUGACAAUGCCACUGGCGCCACAAACGAUAUCAUUGAUCGUGGCAUUGAUAUCAUCAGUCAGAACCAGGACGAUAACACUGUGGUCACUGCUGGACUCAAGCGAGGAGUGAUUGGCAUGGGUACCAAUGGAUAUCCACAAAGCAGACUCUAUGGUGAGAACAUUGCAUUUGGAUUUGUCACCAACUGGGCUCCAGUAUUCAUCAACUUCACCCAAUUGGUCAUUACCAAUUCCAGCUACUCCAGGAAGGACUGGGGAGACUUUAACAACAAAUUCCUCGAGCUCUCAAAGUUCAGUUUCCAAGUCAAUGCAACCAUCCGACAAAAGGUGAAUGAAGAGGUCGAAAGAUUGAUUGGCAUGCCAUUCACAUCACAUCCAUACUAUUGUAAUGAGUACAAUCACUUUAUCUUCCCCAAUAUGUCAGCAACCGUCAAUAAUUGUAUGUCUGUGGCACAGUUCUUCUUUAUGAAUGAUCCAUACCCAGGCAUCAAUUAUCUCGGCUACUACAAGGUUCCACUGACCAAGGUUGGCGUAUCGAUACCCGUGCUCAUAGGUCUGACCACUGCCUCGGGCGUCAUGAUCCUCCUGGCCGUUGUCCUGAUGAUCCUCGUGUUUAUUUACCGCAGCUCAUCAUCCAUUCGUUCGGCCAGUCCAUUCUUCUGCUACAACAUCAUCUUUGGAGGCAUCCUCACAUAUGUGGGCGUGAUCGUCUUCUCGCUCCCCAAGUCCGACGCCUCGUGUAACUUGCGCUUCUGGUUCCCAGCCGUCGGAUACGCACUGCUCAUUGGCAGUUUGGUCGUCAAGAACUUUAGAAUCUGGCUCAUCUUUGACAAUCCACGUCUAAAGGUUGUCCGUGUGACCAACUCCCAGCUGUACCCAUGGGUGAUGGGACUCGUGGCCAUCAUCGUUGCGCUUCUCAUUCUCAUGGCCGUUGGCCCUAUUGGCAACCUGCGCGCUGUCCAGUCGAAUGCCGGCCUGUCCAAAUAUCAGUUCACUGACACCUGUGAGAUGACCCGCGCAGGUUCCAUCCUGCUCAUCCUGGUACUGUGCGUCUUUGCCUUGCUGAUCAUGAUUGGCAGUUUUGUCUCAUGGAAGAUCAGAAUCGUGGACAUCCUCGAGUUCAACGAGUGCAAGCCCAUUGCCUAUGUGCUCUACGCAUGUCUCGUGACAAUCUUCAUUGUCGUGCCACUGAUGGUGUCGCCACAGACCGACACAUCACAGACAAUCAUCAUUGGCUCAGCCGCCCUGUUCAUCACCACCAUCUCGCUGCUGAUCCUGUUCAUCCCCAAGUUCUUCCGUGUCUACAACCUGGACUCGUCGUCGAGCUCCAUCUUUGAGAGCAUGGGCAACACCAAGCUCUCUGGCAUGAGUGGUCUGACCAGCAUGGUGUCCGAGAAUCCAGAGUCCAGAGCAGUGCCAUCGUUCGUCGUUGGUGAGGAGGGCAAUGUUACCGUGACCGUGACCCCUGAGCAUGUGUCAGCAUCGGCCUCGGGCACCACCUCGGCUUCCCUUUCAGGACCAGUACAUGCCACAUUCGAUUCCGAUGACGAAGACGACAGCAACGCAUCCAAGCCCCCAACCGAAACGUCUGCAUAA